UGAGUUGCGCGCAAGUACGCGCACCUCUGUCUCCACUCACUGCGGUAGUACCGGGCCAAGCAGCACCAAGCAACCUCGCAACCAUUCCACUCCAGCACAGAGGAGGACUUUAUCACACAGGACAUAUUUUUCCGCUCUACUGUUCUCCUGGGGGUGACGGAAGGAUAACUUUGAAUUGAUCUCGUCGUGAUCCCCCCCCCAUCCUUCUCUUCCAUCUCUGACGAAGAAGCACGUCUCUUCUGAGAGGAUGGGACCGCUCCUCCUCUCCAUCGCCCUGUGCGUGAGCGCCGCUGUCCCGCAGCAUGUGAUGGGUCCUUGCCACCCAAACCCUUGCCACAACAGAGGGGCGUGUGAGAUCAGUGAGACCUACAGGGGGGACACCUUCAUUGGAUAUGUCUGCAAGUGUCAACCAGGCUUCAGCGGGGUUCACUGCCAACACAAUAUUAAUGAAUGUGAAAGAGAGCCAUGCAAGAACGGGGGCCUUUGCACUGAUCUGGCUGCAAACUACUCCUGCGAAUGUCCCGGGGAGUACAUGGGGAGGAACUGCCAACAUAAAUGCUCUGGACCACUGGGCAUGGAAGGCGGCAUAAUCUCCAACCAACAGAUAACAGCUUCCUCCACCCACCGGGCUUUAUUUGGCUUGCAGAAGUGGUACCCGUAUUUUGCACGCCUCAACAAGAAGGGUUUGGUGAACGCGUGGACUGCCGCUGAAAACGACAGAUGGCCGUGGAUUCAGAUUAACCUGCAGAGGCGAAUGAGGGUCACGGGCCUAAUUACCCAGGGAGCAAAACGAAUUGGCAGCCCGGAGUACGUCAAGUCAUACAAAGUGGCUUACAGUGAGGAUGGGAAGACAUGGAGGACGUACAAAGUCAAGGGCAAAGAUGAGGACAUGGUUUUCAGAGGAAACGUCGACAACAACGCUCCGUCAGCCAACUCCUUCACUCCACCCAUUGAAGCCCAGUUUGUGCGUAUUUAUCCCCAAGUGUGCCGAAGGCACUGCACCUUACGCAUGGAACUGCUCGGAUGUGAGGUGACAGGUUGCUCUGAACCACUAGGGAUGAAGUCUGGUCACGUUCAGGACUACCAAGUUACGGCCUCGUCCGUCUUCAGGACACUCAACAUGGACAUGUUCACUUGGGAGCCUGGAAAAGCCCGUUUGGACAAGCAGGGCAAAGUCAACGCUUGGACUGCGGGACGCAGUGACCAGUCGCAGUGGCUGCAGGUGGACUUGCUGGUGCCUACCAAGAUCACAGGCGUAAUCACCCAGGGAGCGAAAGACUUUGGCCACGUGCAGUUUGUGGGCUCGUACAAAUUGGCGUAUAGUAAUGACGGAGAGCGGUGGAAAGUGUACCGAGAUGACAAGCAAGGAAAGGAUAAGGUCUUUCAGGGCAACUUUGACAACGACACGCACAGAAAGAACGUGAUCGAUCCACCCAUCUACGCUCGGUUCAUCCGUAUCCUUCCGUGGUCGUGGUACGGAAGGAUCACUUUGCGUGCGGAGGUACUCGGCUGCACCGUGGAAGAGUGACGUCCACGGGUUCAACAUUUCUCCCGUCUUAACGGUAUACCGGCGUAUGCCAACUAGUAGUGGAAAAAUAAACUGUGCAACUUGUAAAAACAAAAACAAAAAAGAAAAGAAGAAUUUAAUUUACAGUAGAUUUUUUUUUUUUAAGAAUUUGUGAAGGGUCACCAUUUUUGAACUAUUAUUUGUACAAUAAUUUAAUGCUCCGUUCUUUUUUUAUGUCAAUUUAAUUUUCCUUACAGCGUAAUUCUUGCCUUUUUAUUGUUCCUGAGAACUGUAAGAUACAUGUUUGGGUCCGGGUUUUGGGAGGGGGAGGGGGGGGGUCUCACUGUGGAUUUGCCAUACAAACUAUUGUACAGAGUCACUUUUUAAACAACUAUGUGUCAGCCAUGUUGCAUUGGCACCCAAACACACACACACACACACACACAAACACACAUCAUAUUGUCAAAUAUAUUCUUUCUUUAAAUUUGUCAGGCCAAGCUUUCACCUAAAUGCGCACUCGCAUUACUGCAUCAAAGAAAACACUAUUUAAUGCUCUUGUAUUAUAUGUAAAAGACUAGGAAAUUGCAUGGUGCGU